AUGCCCUCGAAAGCGCAGCCGGAGAUUGAGUUUUUGCAACUAGGUGCAAUCCUGCAGAAGUUCGAAUUAGACGGUCUCAAUAUUGUGCAAGGUUUUCCGACAGCAGAAUUAUACCAGCAACACAACGACCCGUAUUUCGGUGAGACGAUCGGAAGAGUCGCCAAUCGUAUAUCCGGAGCCAAAAUUAACCGCUUGAAUGGGAGAUCAUACCCUCUGGCGGCGAACAACGGUCCAAAUUCGCUUCACGGCGGUCUUCUCGGCUGGGGGAAAAGGCUUUUCAAUGGCCCAACAUCUGUUGAACGGAAUGGAAAGCAGGCAGUGCACUUCGGGUACAUCUCGCCAGAUGGUGAAGAGGGGUUUCCGGGAACUGUUCAAGUCAACGUCUUCUACACAACAUCCGUCCAAGAGCAGGACGGUCGCCAGAUCACUGUGCUAGAGAUGGAAUACGAGGCUGAAUUGGUGGGAGACGAGGACGUUGAGGAAACUGUGGUAGCUAUGACCAACCACAGCUACUUCAACUUAAGCGGAUCAUCAACCAUAGAAGGCACGGAGGUCACUUUGUCUUGCGAUUUGCACCAAGUCGUCGAUAGUACCAGCAUACCGACCGGUGUGAUACAGCCAUAUCCGGGAAUCAAGGCGCAUGAGAAAUUCACUUUAGGCGCAGAGGAGCCCGACGUUGAUCAUUGCUUCAUCAUGAAUGCAGAUGCAAGUUCCAUACCAAUUGACACCAGAGAGCAGCCGUUCAAUCAGCUGGGAUCCUUCUAUCACCCUGUCUCCCGAGUCCAUCUUGAAAUACACAGUACCGAACCUGCUUUUCAGUUUUACACGGGGAGAUACAUCGAUGUCCCGGCUGUUGGAGGACUACCAGCAAGAGGCCGGAGAUCCGGUUUCUGCAUCGAGCCUUCAAGAUACGUCAAUGCUGUCAAUGAAGAGAAGUGGCGAAAUAUGGUUGUCCUCAAGCGGGGACAGAAAUAUGGGAGUCGAACUAUGUAUCGUGCAUGGAGAGACUAG